AUGACUUCUCACAUCAAUGUUAUCUACCAAAACAACGCCACUGUCGCCCUCUUGAGGGAUCAAGAUGCUUCCCAUGCUAUUGUGGCAUCUUCUGAGGCACUACGGUGCUUAAGAAGGUGCGCCUCUACAUUACAUGACGUCCCCGCUAACAAGAGCUGCACUGAUUCCCUACUAGACCAGUGCAUGGCUCGUUCCGUGACCGAUCAAAGCCAGGCGGAAUCUGGCAAGCCUUUCAUCUUUGAUCGCGGCAUCCAGAUCCCUCUGACAACAACAGAUACUGCAGCAAUUUCUGCAAUUCUAAUCUUCAACUCCGCUCUUUCGCACCAGCUUUGGGCUGCGCAAAACCCAGCCGAUGCGCCUGGAUAUCUUACCAAGGCGAGACAAUUGUACGAACUGGCCUAUCGAAUGGACGAUGUGGAACACAACGUAAUGUUCCAAAUUGCUAUCAUGAACAAUAUGGUAGUGAUCGAACGAAGCUUCGGCAAUAACGCAGAAUCCGAGAGAGAUUUUGGUCACUUGCUGUCGAUGUGGAUGCUUCUACUUGAUCUAGGUUAUGGCUCCCGAAUACAUUCUAUGAGGGGUUUCCUCGUUAACGGGCGAUGGAGCGAGAAUGCCGCUGUCGCAUAA